GGAUCUGUUUCGGGGUUUCGUUGGCCCGAUUGACCUGAACAGCCGCAUUGACCUGGGUCUCUCUGCUCUUGCCCUGCGCUGUCCUGCUCUGCACCUCCGUCGCCAUCGUUGCGUCCCGCCCUCAAAUGACCAUCGCCGACAUCGACCCCCUCGAGUUCGCCAAGAGCGACCCGGCCACGUACUCGCGGCUGGAGGAGACCCUGCUCAACAGCAGCGGCUCCGUUGCGCUGCACCAGCGCUUCCGCGCACUCUUCACCCUCAAGAGCUUCAAGACCGACCAGGCCGUCGACAUCAUUGCCAAAGGAUUCUCCGACUCAUCCAUCCUCUUCAAGCACGAGCUCGCCUAUGUCCUUGGCCAGAUGAAGAACCCCCACGCCAUCAAGGACCUCGUUGCUGUGCUCUCAAACACGACCGAGGCUCCGAUGGUCCGCCAUGAGGCUGCCGAGGCCUUGGGUGCCAUCUCGGAUACUGCCGCCCUUGAGACCCUGAUCCGCUUCAAGGAGGACGAGAGCCGGGUCGUUCGCGAGACGAUCGAGCUGGCCAUCGAGAAGAUCCAGUACGACGAGAAGAAGCGACAGGGCUUGAUCAGCGAAGAUGUCUCCAACAGCCUGUACACGUCCAUCGACCCUGCCCCUCCUGUCACAGAGCAAGGCCAGUCGGUCGAGGAGCUGCGGAAGGCUCUCAUGGAUGCUUCGCUGCCGCUCUUUGAGCGCUACCGUGCCAUGUUUGCCCUGCGCAACCGAGGCGACACCGAUGCUGUGCUGGCUCUUGCCGAGGGCCUCGAAGAUGAAAGCGCUCUCUUCCGACACGAGAUUGCAUAUGUGUUUGGACAAAUGCAGCACCCUGCCAGCGUCCCUGCCCUGGUCAAGUCUCUGUCCAAGACGACCGAGGAGUCGAUGGUCCGACAUGAGUGCGCCGAGGCCCUGGGCUCGAUUGCUACGCCCGAGGUCUUCCCUGUGCUGAAGCAGUUCAGCCAAGACCCCGAGCGGGUUGUCCGCGAGAGCUGCAUCGUGGGCCUGGACAUGUACGAGUACGAGACUUCGGGCGCCUUCCAAUACGCCGAUGGACUGUCCUCUUGAAGCAGCGGCUGUCCCGCUCCCGGAACAUAUACACACUCCUGUCUCCCCGAGUCGAUCCCACGUACUUGAAGCACAUUUGCGCCGCCGUGUCCGAAGAUCGGGGGUCUGCGAUGGAUACCGCAACAGAAAAGCGAGGGGAGAAUGUUGGGUUGUGACCCCAUCCGCCGAUUUUACUCCCGAUCUCGGAUCAGUACAGGCGGCUGUGCCUGAAGCGGCUGUCCCUGGUAGUGAUGUGCAUCAUCUACAAGGAAUGGGUCAUGAAUGAGAAGCAUUUAAGAAAUUGGAA